AUGUGUCACUCAUGUAUGACUCUUCAACGUGUUUUAUUUUUAAAGCUACAUCGGUAUAUUAAGAAUAUAAAAUAUGGAAUUGAUUCAAGGAAAACAAUCCCAUACUUUGAUCAAAAUGGAGAAUUUGUCUAUUAUCACAUGAUUAUAAACCGGGUGCUUUUUAAAGAUGACAUUUUGAAAGACAUUAAUGUGGGUAACUACUCCCCAUGGGCACCAGAAAGUCAGCAGUUAAUUCUUAAUGAACAAGCCAUAUCAUGGAAAACUGCAGGAAAUAAGAUUCCAGUUUCUCAAUGCUCUAAAGAUUGUUUGCCUGGCUAUAGAAAAGUCCUGACUUCUAGCAUACAUCCCUGCUGCCAUGACUGUAUACAGUGUUCAGAAGGAGAGAUAUCAUAUUCAAUAAACAGUGAGAACUGCAUAAAGUGUCCAGAAUACGAAUGGCCGAAUGAAAAUAAAAAUCGCUGUAUUCCUAAGGAAGUGGAGUAUCUUUCGUACAUGAAUGAUAUUCUAGCUGCUUUAUUUGCUGUAAUUUCUAUUUUAUUUUGUAUUUUGACCCUUCUUAUACUAAAGGUUUUCAUUUCAUACAGAGAUACCCAUAUUGUCAAAGCCAAUAAUAGGAACCUCAGCUUUAUUCUUCUGAUUUCCCUCGCCCUGAACUUCAUCUGUGUGUUUCUCUUUCUUGGUCGUCCCCUGGAUAUAACAUGCAUGCUCCGUCAAGUGUCUUUUGGAGUCAUCUUCUCAGUGUCUGUCUCCUGUGUGUUGGCCAAGACUAUCAUGGUUUAUACUGCUUUCAAGGUCACUAAACCUGGCAGCAAGUGGAAAACAUGGAUUGGAGUCAAGCUGUCCAAUUCUAUAGUUUUAAUCCUCUCGUCUAUUCAAGUUAUAAUUAGUAUCUGUUGGUUGGCCAUUUCUCCACCAUUUCAAGAGAUGGACACACGCUCUUAUCAAUGGAAGAUCAUCAUUCAGUGUAAUGAAGGCUCAGUUAUUGCCUUUUACUCUGUCCUUGGCUACAUGGGGUUUCUGGCAACUGUUAGCUUUGUUAUAGCUUUUUUAGCUAGGACAUUACCGGACAGCUUUAAUGAAGCCAAGUACAUCACUUUCAGCAUGCUGGUGUUCUGUAGUGUUUGGAUUGCGAUGAUCCCAGCCUAUCUAAGCACCAAAGGGAAAUACAUGGUGGCUGUAGAGGUUUUUGCCAUAUUAACAUCAAGUGCUGGACUUUUAGGUUGCAUAUUUUUACCAAAAUGUUACAUAAUAUUUAUGAGACCUGAAAUGAAUAAAAAGUCAUCUUUGCUAAGGAACAUAAAUUAA